AUGAGCUCUCACGAAGAUGAAUAUAUACUCACUACAAAAAUACUUGAAAAUCUUAACAGUACAAAUGAAUCGUCAAGUCCUUUAGUUGUCUUGUUAGCAUGUGGGCCAUAUAAUCCUAUUCAGCAAAAUGAUGUCGAAAUGUUUAAAAUUGCUAAACAGUAUUUAGAAGAUUUAGAAGAGGAAUAUAAAUAUAAAGUAGUGGCUGGAUAUAUUUCACCAUCCUCAGAAAUUUAUGUUAAUAAAAAAAUCAAAAAUCCGAUUCCAUUAAAACAAAGAAUUGAUACGAUAAAUUCCUUAAUAGAUAAAUCACCUUGGAUUGAAAUUAUGACAUGGGAAUCUUUACUUCCACAAAAUAUACGUAUUAAUGACAAUGUUGGUCAUCAUCAAGUUGUUAAAAGGUUAUCUGAAUUUUUAAACCAAAAAAAUGAAAAGGUCAUAAAAUCCUUAAAUGGACGACAAUUAAAAAUUAUGUAUUUGUGUGAUUCAGAUCAAGUUUUUGAAAAUGAAAAAGAGGGUGUUAAACAUUUAGAAAACCAUGGUCUCGUUAUAGUCGAAACAUAUCCUCCCGAUGAAAGUAAGGAACCAAAUUGUGUGACAAAACUAAGAGAAUUAUAUUCUGAUAAAUGGAAUAAAUUUAAAGAUCAAGUAAUUUAUAUAAAAUACAAUAACAAGGAUCAUUAG